AACUUUCAGUCUAUACAAUACUUGGGAGUAAUCAUGGCUACAGAUCGAGACCCUCGCCGGAAGUGGUUGGUGCUGGUGGCGGCCGUUGCAUGCCACGUGACUAGCGGUGGGGUGGCGCUCAGCUUCGGGGUGCUGUACACGGACAUCCGCGAUCGCAUCGAGACACCACAACCGGAAACAGCGACAGUGGCUGCAUUCACGCUAGCGUCACUAUGCUUUAUAGGGCCACUUGCAUAUGCACUAUGCCAAAGACUCGGGUGUCGUUUGGUCACAAUAGUGGCGUCCUUGGUCGCCAUUUCCGGUCUGCUGCUCGGUGCACUGGCGCCCGCCGUUCACUUUCUCUUCGUGUUCAUUGGCGUGUUUGUCGGAUGUGGGUAUGGUGCCAUGGCCGUUUCAUCAGCUGUAGCCACGAGGCAACAUUUCGAUUCCUUCUCGAGGCUGCCAAUGAGCGCUCUAGGGUGUGGGCUCGCUAUUGGGGUGUCAAUUGUACCACUUUUUAUCCGGCUUCUUUUGGACCACCUCUCCUACUUACGGGCGUAUAUUGUGUGCGCCGCUAUUGUGCUAAACGGCAUUGCUUGUGGUUUACUGUUUGUGCCGCCGGAGUCUAAUGCCAGUGGCGCUGAAGUGGGUGAAUAUAGACGUAUGGAGAAUGAGCAUGUAAGUGAAUCAUCUGACAACGCUACACCGCAACCUUCAUAUGAUGAGCCACUGGAGGAAGCGCGGGGCAGUGGAGAUGAAAACGGAGAAAAAGCAAAGUUAAAACGGAAACCAGAGCACCACUAUCACUCUGUGAUACGCCCAGAGGAAACAAUCAUUGUUUCAACUCUUGAACGCUCCUGGAAGUUUGAUGACAAUGAACUAUAUGAAACUGCGAGUGAAGAUGAAGCGGACGAGGAUGGGGAUGCUACGGGGGAAACUCCUGUAGACGAAGAAUCCGCAGUAACACGAGACCCUCCUGUGCAAGAUAGUCCAAAGAACGACGAGGAGCUUCAGCCAGAACCAUCAAAGACGGCUCCACUAACCCUCCUUGGCGUGGUUACAGGCCUUACGGAGCCGAGAGAAAUCUGCAGCUGGCGGUUUUCGCUGUUUGCAAUUUCGAGUUUCCUGUUUUAUCUCGGAUUUGUAAUUCCAUUAACAUUUUACCCGGCCGUGUCGAAACAAAAGGGAUAUAAGGACACCACAUCCGUGUGGACACUGCCGGCAAUGGGAGCCGGAGCCGCUUGUGGCGUUAUCAUGUGCGGUGCAUUGUUAGCUGUGUUCGAGCGACGAUCAACGGUCAACAGGCUGAUGGACGGACGGUCGACAAUUUUAAUAGCCGCCCUUGGAUCGGUCCUGGCUGGCUUGUCAGUAGCAUUUCUUCAAUACUACAAGCAUUUCAGCGUUUUGAUGAUUACUGCGGCACUGUUUGGAUUCUUUAGUGCUUUCUAUCUCCGAGCGCGUUUGUGUUGUAUUCAAAGGGUUUGUGGAAUUGACCUUUCGGCUUCCGCAUGGAUCUUCACAGGCUGGUUAGCUGGAUUUGCGCCUUUCAUCGCGCUUCCCAUCACGGGCUGGCUGGCAGACAACCACGGUGACUAUACAGGCGGUCACUUGAUGGCGGCGGUCGCCCUCGGGCUGGCCGGGGUCGUACUUUCGCCCCUCCUUAUACUGACCUCUCCGCAUCGCACAUAGACUGGCCUAAAUUAAUGUGUUUAAUUAAAAGAAAUAUAUGUAAACAUAGC